UCUUGUUGGUCUUCACAUUUUUUUGAGAUUUUUUCACAUCCAAACCCCUUGCCGGCAGCAAUGGCACGUCCCAUCCAAGAGAUUGCUCCAAUCUUUGGCCUUCCCCUGGACGGAUGGACUGUGGCUUCAACGUAUACCACGAGUCAUGGGAAGGAGAUGAAGCUGGAAAUCAGACACUUCCAAGACAGUGAGGACGAUGACACUCAUACAGUGCUGCACAUCGGCGAAUACCAACUCCGGGACGACGAUGAGAAGAACCGCGACUUCGCCAACCGGACAUUCUCAAUGAAAGGCCCUGAAGGCGAAGUAAGCUAUGGUGACAAGCGCUGUCGAGGUUCCUACUGGAAUCACCCUUUCAUGUGGAAAAAAGGAAGUGCGAAAGAACUUGGAGAAAUGCUGAUGACUUUGGCAGACAGCGAGGAAGUCACUGUGGAGGAGCUCAUUUCAGCACUGCCAUGGCAGUUCAACUAGUUCUUGAAGCUGUCUGAGGUGAAAGCUGACGACUAAGCUGAGCCGCGGAUUUGUACAGCUUGCCGCAUCGACAAAA